UCUCUGCGUGUGUGUGUAUCAACACCAGAAGCAGAAGAGGAAGAAAACCAAUCUCUUUCCAAAUCACAUUCCUCAAAUCUUCUCAGUUGCAAUGGAGCCUCCCCACCUCAUUUCCCACAGAUUCCUCAAACACCCAUUUCACAAUUCCCAAUUCCCAAUCCAAACAACAUCAAAACAGCACCCAAUUACGAAUAAAAAGAGCAGAAAUUGGAAAAACCUCUCAUUCCGUGAAUACCCAUUUCAGCAUUUUGGAUUUCAUUUCAAAUUCGUCGAUUUCAGCUACAUAAUUCUACUUCUUCAAUUUCUCAUCUUUUCUAUCUACCCGGUCUCAUGCCAGCCAUCAGAUGGUGGGAGCAUCAUAGAAUCACUGUCCGAUUACCAGGCACUGCUGGCCUUCAAACACGCAUUGAUCGAUCGAAGAGGCAUCUUGAAUAGCUGGAACGACAGCGGCACUACCGCCUGUUCAGGUGGGUGGGCCGGAAUCAAAUGCAUCAAUGGACAGGUAACAACAAUCCAGCUCCCAUGGAAAGGAUUGGGUGGUGAGAUCUCCGAACAGGUGGGCCAUCUAUCAGCCCUCCGGAAGCUAAGCCUCCAUGACAAUUUCAUACAAGGUCAGAUACCUUCAUCUCUUGGGCUUCUUCGCAAUCUCAGAGGGGUCGUUCUCUCCAACAAUCGCCUUUCAGGCUCCAUCCCACCGUCAAUCGGCAACUGGCCCCAACUCAGGACGCUUGAUCUCAGCAACAAUUUCCUUACUGGACUGAUUCCUGCCGGCCUUUCCAACACAACCAGACUCCACAGGCUCAAUCUCAGCUACAAUGAGCUGGUGGGUCCCAUCCCAGUGGGCCUUACUCGAUCAGUUCUGCUCACAUAUCUCGAUCUACAGCAUAACAAUCUGUCUGGUUCAAUUCCUUCUUCUCUCGGCGAGCUCAGUGGGCUAGAAGAGAUCCUCCUUAAUCACAAUAAGAUCAGUGGAAGAAUUCCCGACGAGCUUGGGACACUGUCCAAACUUCGAAUUCUUGAUCUGUCCGACAAUGAGAUCGACGGACACUUCUCUGUGAAUCUCUGCAACCUAUCGGCGCUAAUUCAAUUGAAUCUCGGCAACAAUCGCAUCGAGAAUCAGAUCCCGGAAGCUGUAGAUAGGCUUCAAAGUCUCUCUGUUCUUGUGUUAAGGAGAAAUCAAUUGGGCGGCCCAAUUCCGUCCACGCUCGGAAAAAUCUCUGGGUUAUCCCGAUUGGAUAUCGCGGAGAACAAUCUCAUCGGACCAAUACCGGCCACGAUCGCUGAUUUAGCUGAUUUGGGUUUUUUCAAUGUUUCUUUCAAUAAUCUCUCGGGUCUGGUUCCGCUUCUUCUAUCUGAAAAAUUCAAUUCCAGCUCCUUCAAAGGGAAUUUACAGCUCUGUGGAUAUGCCGUUUCAGUCCCAUGUCCGUCCUCUCCUCCGCCAACGUCUGAAAUUCAGGUCCCUCAGAAAACCCAUCAUCGGAAAUUGAAUACUAGGGAGAUAGUCCUGAUCGCUGUGGGGUCCACCCUCGCUCUCAUCCUCCUAUUCUGCUCUGUUUUACUCUGCUGUUUGAUCAGGAAAAGGACUAGCUCGGCUGGGAAGAGCCGGUCAGCUUCUGGUGGGGCGAAAAAGGCGGGACCUGCAAUUGGGUCAGAGGUGGAAUCAGGCGGGCAGGUGGCGGGGAAGCUGGUCCACUUCGACGGCCCGCUGGUUUUCACCGCUGACGAUCUGUUGUGUGCGACCGCCGAGAUCAUGGGGAAGAGUGGGUAUGGCACCGUCUACAAGGCAACAUUGGAGGAUGGGAAUGAAGUUGCAGUGAAGAGAUUGAGGGAGAAGGUCGCGAAGAAUCGGAAGGAGUUCGAAGCUCAGGCCGAUGUGCUCGGGAAGAUCCGACACCCAAAUCUGGUGUCCCUCAGAGCUUACUAUGUGGGGCCCAAAGGAGAAAAGCUUCUGGUCUUUGAUUUCAUGCCCAAAGGGAGUCUUUCAUCUUUCCUCCAUGCUCGUGGGCCCCACACCCACAUCGAUUGGCCCACAAGGAUGAACAUAGCCGUGGGUGUGACACGUGGCCUCAUCCAUCUCCACACACACGAAAACAUGGUCCAUGGCAACCUGACAUCCGGCAACAUCCUACUCGACGAUCACGCCGACGCCAAGAUCACCGAUUUUGGCCUCUCGCAUCUUGUGACAUCCGCCGCUAAUUCGGAUGCGAUCGCAACCGCCGGCACACUUGGCUACCGUGCGCCCGAGCUCUCAAAGGUGAAAGAUGCAACCACGAAGUGUGAUGUGUAUAGCCUUGGUGUGAUCAUACUGGAGCUCUUGACGGGUAAGUCGCCCGGCGACUCGAUGAACGGCAUGGAUUUGCCUCAAUGGGUCGCGUCGAUCGUUAACGAGGAGUGGACCAAUGAGGUGUUUGAUGUGGACCUCACAAGCGAUGCAUCAUCGGCGACAGGCGAAGAAUUACUAAACAUGCUGAAAUUGGCAUUGCAUUGUGUCGAUCCAUCGCCAGCGGCCCGGCCGGAAGUUCAACAAGUUCUCCAACAGUUGGAGCAGAUUAAGCCAGAACUGGUUGUGGGUCCCACAGAUGAUGUGGUCGGGGCUCCUCCUACAAGCGAUUGAUGCAUUCACAUAUUCAUUCAUUCAUUCAUUUAUUACGAAACCCUACUUACAUAGGGAUAUUAGCAAUCUUCUCUAAAGCUUUUAAUUGAAUCUAAUAGACCCUCCAUUUGCUCCGUACCACUAUUACCAAACCAUCAAUUUGGACUGCCCAUCCAUUUUCUAUGCUAUUGAUUGGAUGGUUGGGAUCGUCACAUGUCAUUUAAAAGCUUUGAGGACAACGUUAGCGCUUAUAAGGGCACAUUAGAAGUUCUUAGGGCUCAUAUUCUAUCUAUUCAUUCAUUCAUUUAUUUAUAGAGAAGAUUGUUUGAAUUUUUAUUUUUAGAUAUGAUUAUGGUUAGACAUUUUUUUGUAAAAGUAUUUUAUUUGGUUAGAUUGUUGUUUUAUUAUUAUGGAUGGACCGUUGAUGUGGCCGGUUCAAGCUUAUGUAAAAGAUGAAGGUUGAUGUUUGGUGGACAA